GAAACCCAAUAUUUUCGAUAAUAUGCUAGCCAUGAUGGAAAAGUAUGCUAACAAUCUCGAAGCACUUGUGGAUGAAAGAACAGACCAGUUGAUAGAAGAAAAGAAAAAAACGGACGCGUUACUCUAUGAAAUGCUUCCAAAAUACGUAGCAGACCAGCUUAAGAAAGGCAACAAAGUUGAGGCUGAGUCAUUCGAUUGCGUAACUAUUUAUUUCAGUGACAUAGUGGGUUUCACUACUAUGUCUGCACAGAGCAGUCCCUUACAGGUGGUGGAUUUUUUGAAUGACUUGUACACUUGUUUUGAUUCAAUCAUCGAGAAUUAUGAUGUGUAUAAAGUGGAAACCAUUGGAGACGCCUAUAUGGUUGUGAGUGGACUUCCCAUUAAAAAUGGUGACAACCAUGCAGCUGAGAUUGCAUCUAUGGCUCUCCACCUGCUCGAGGCUAUAAAGAAGUUUACCAUACGUCAUCGGCCAAAUGAUACAUUGAUGCUUAGAAUUGGAAUACAUUCAGGAGCUGUCUGUGCUGGAGUAGUUGGUCAAAAGAUGCCGAGGUACUGCCUAUUUGGAGAUACGGUGAAUACAGCUUCAAGAAUGGAAUCUACUGGAUUGCCUCUAAAAAUUCACUGUAGUGAAAUCUGUAAGAAACUCUUGGAUAAACUGGGUGGCUAUAAAUUUGAAGAAAGAGGUGUCAUAAGCAUUAAGGGAAAAGGUGAAAUGUCUACUUACUGGUUGGUUGGUCAAGAAGCGUACCGGAAAAAGAAAGUUCAGAAACAUAACAGUUCCAUACAGACCCCUGAUGUCCUCCGAUCAGUAACUCGAUCAUCUCUAAGACACUCAAAAUAUUCGAAAUUCAAUCCAAAUCGUAGGUUAUCCCUGGAAUCUCAGAAGAAACUCCGUUUUGCCCCAAGCAGUCCAAAAACUUUCGCCUUUAAAGUCCCAUCUACUGAAAAGACAAUGGCGCAACAAAACAUUGAACCAGGAGGAAAAUUCGACGACAAAAAUCAACAGCAGUAUGCAAGUAUUUUCUCUGCCUCCUCUUCCUACAGCAUACCAAAACGAAAUUCUUGCCCGUGUCUCGGUGAAGACUGUGCUAUAUGCUCACAUUCGCAGAGAGAAAAUUCCGGCUUACAAACACUGGCAGCGAGAACAGAAAGCCUAACCCAGGAUGAAAAGCCAACAAUUUAUACAAACUCUUCUCACAGGAAUGUGCCAAGCUGGAGACGAAUGGCGAGAUUUUCUUCCUUCGUUUCCUGUCUCGGUUCUGGAGAAGUCAGAGAUUUUGUUGUUCAUGAUAAGAUGGAACUUGGAUGGAAAGAAAAUAAACGGCUCUCUAUUAUUGGACAUUCAGAAAGUGAGCCGUUUCUUCCUCAGCUGUGUUAUAAUUACCAGUCUGAUAAAAGUGAUGAAGCCGUUUAAAGGCAUUUAAUGCAUCCUUGCUCCUCUCAGGACGUACGAAAUGAUUAUCACUUGCUGUAAAACUCAUCCAUUAACAACAUUUAUACAGUUGAUGUUAAAUGCCUAAUGUGAUAUAAAAGUAUUGAUUUAAUUGGGUUAUACUUUAAAUAUUUUAGUCCUUCUCAUAUUGCAACAUUUUCUGCCUUAAAAACGUAUUUUGCAUAGCAUAUAUUCCGCAUAAAAUAUUCUCUAUUUCAUUCACGUGACUUCCAUAUCCUUAUAAUGUGAUUAUUUCACUAAUAAAUGGAUAUAGAAAGCAAACCACUAUUUUACACAAGCAUAAGUGUGAUUGAAAUAUUUUGAUAUCAUGUACUAACGUCGUCGUAAAAUAAGAAAUAUCUAUUUCAUUUAUAAUUAAUGAACACUGCUGAAACAUUUUUUGAUAAUUUAUAUGCUAGAGUAUAUGCUUCACAAUAUUUGAUCCUCACAUCAAAAGUAAAUUUUUAACUACAAUCUAGAGUAGAAAACAGUAAAAAAUUCUAGUUUAAACUAAAUUAAAUACGCACUGUAUUCUUACAUUAUUUAUGUUAUGUACAUUUAAGAGCAGAAAAUUAUAAAAUACUGCUACAAAAUUGUAUUAUUUAUGAAUAUAGGACUGCAAACGCUGAAUAUACAGAAUUGAUACUUACAGGAAUAAUUUUCAUGAUCUUCUAAAUUUUGUAUUCAAUGUAUGCAAAAUAUAUUUCCUAUAUUUUUAAUUGCUUGGCUAUAUGUAUUUGUUAUCAUUCAAUAAUUUAAAUCUACUUAGUCAUAAUUUGAAAAAAAUUAUGACUAAUUUUUCUAUAUUAAAAUGCUUGCUGAAUAUUGAUUCUAUAAGUGUACAGUAUUAUGUUAUCAAAUAUAUCUAUUCUCACAUAUGUUUUUAUUCACUGUAUUGGUUCGGAUAUAAGACUUAAAAUUCGGUAUUAGGUGCUGCAUAAAAUACAUAAACUUUCAAUAUGUUGAAGGCAUAGGUAAAAUUAUCUCCAAAUAUACAUUAACAUAAAACUAAGACUAUUAUAUUUUUAAAGCGGCAGGAAAUUAGUAUCAAUAAUAUGAUAUUUUUGUUUGUUUGUUUGCUCAUUUGCUUCAAAUACUCGUAGGUUUCCUGAAUGUUUUGCUGAUAGAACAUCGUAACCAAAUAUAAGAUUGCUCGCAUAACAAAACUAAAAACAAUUUUGUGUACAAAGUUUCUACAUAAAAUACUUAAACUUUCAGGCUUAAAAUGUUAUAUUUAUACAAGUUACCCAACGCAAGAUAAGUGCUCAUGUGAGCCAGGGAAUUCACCACUACCAGUUUUCAGUUACAUAUUAUCGGAAUUCUGAAUGUGAACUGUGCUUGUCUACCUGCCGUAUAUUUGUGCAGUACACAUUAAAAGAGAAAAAUAUGAAAACAACUACUGUUUAUUUCCAAAUAUUAAGUAUAAGCCGUACCCAUGUAUAAGCCGAGAGGUAAAAUCUUUUGUAAAAUUCCAAGGAAAGUUGAAAGUAAGUGUAAACGAAACUUAAAAUCACCCAUAUCGCAAGAAUAUAUCACAAAAAAGUCAAUAAUUGGUUAUUUAACAUUACUAAAGUGAAUGACAAUUCCUCAUCUGUUCGAAAAAAGCCCAGAGAUCCGAAAACGUCCACUCAUUCUGAAAGUGUUACGUCAGCACUGCUUUGGACGGAACGGAAGUUGAUAUCUAUGAGAUAAAUAAUUACGAUAUUAAUGGUGAAAUGGAGGAAGAUGACAUUUAACUGAACUUACAUGGAGCUGGGAGAGAACUGAAUACCGAUAUUGAGAAAGUUAAUUACUAUAUUAUGGUUAGAUUAAAAAAUAACAAUAUGUAUCUUUUAAUUAUUAGCCUACAGUGUCUUUUUUAUUUUAUUUAUUUAUUUAUUUAUUGUGAUCGCCUUAUUUGUAAAUCGUUUUGAACCCGUAUAGAAGCCGAUCCUAAAAUUUCAGUAACUAACAUUAAGCUAAAAUUUCUCAGCUUUUAUACACAGAAAUAUAAAGGCCCACAUUAAGAUAAAAAUAGCAAUAAUACACUUUACUUACCAUUCCAUGGCUUAUUAAAUGGCCACCUAUGAAAGAGGUAAAAGGAUAAAUUAUACUUUGCAUGUGAGCUUGCGGAAGUUAUUUGUUUAUGAUUUUAAAAAAUGAGCAUCUCAGGAUAAAGACUUAAUCAUAUAUUCGAACCAAGUUGCAUGAUAAAUUGAAAAAUUUCACCUUCUUUUGAUAUUAAUUUUAAUAAAAUUUAAGAGCAACAGGGUUUAAAAACUUAAGUCUCUUCUAUCCAAAACGUCUUAAAAAUAGUUGAGUUUUCCUAAAUUUUUAAAUUCUAAGAUAGUAUCAUCUUUUGUAUUUUUCACAUGUAUAAAUAAAUGACCUCACUUAUUUUUCCCUACUUAGAAAUGUUUAUUUUCAUUUCUACUUUUUAUUUUCUUUUGCGAAAGCUAAUGAAGUACUACGUAUUGUGAAAUAGUUAAAAUAAAUAAUUUCUUGAACUUGAAGUUGUACUUUUAUCCCUAAACCGCAAGCAUUUUCUUUCUGUUAACGAGCAAAACCUUUUUCAUGAAUACGAAAUGAUGUAGUUGUUUCAUACGAAUUACAGAAUGCAAUUGGCAUGUUCAUAAUCUUUACAAGGUGGGUUUACUAAAUUUUUUAGCAGAAUAAAUUGAUUUCUAUGUAUAAUUCUUUUCAUUAAUGUAAUCACGAAAUCUUACUACUAAAUUAUUUUAAUCCAUUCUGCGGACGUUUAUUUAACUUUUAAUGAAUUUUAAGAAUCGUGUUUACACUAGUAUUUAAUUUUAAUUGCAUCUUUCUGACAGUUGUAAUGUAUAUUAUUUCAGUCAUUACCUGAUGCCAGAUAUUUUGUUAAUAAAAUUAUAUUUUGUAUUAUACAAUAAAAUUUACUUCAUUCCUAAAU